AAGGGAAGGCGGAACUUCCGGGUGAUGGAAAGUUGUCAACAGUUUCGCAGGAGGAGAAUUAAUCUGUAAAUCAGAGUUCGUUAGUGUGGCUUUAAAGAAAAUCCAGCCCGAAACCGCGUCGGAGCGGAGCGAUUCGUUGGUUGUCGAGUGACUCUGACCCGAACUGAUGGAGAAUAAACAAACUUCUCGGGUGUGGAUGAUCAAUCUGUCCGCGUCCUGGAAUUCAACGGGAUUUUAACGCUUGUUUUUUACUUCAACGGGAUGCUUCCAGGGGUUUUUAGCAGCAUGUGAACCGAGUCUUUAGUGUGUUAAAGUUCACAGAAUCCACGACUCGACUCUGUGAACGGAUUACGGACUCGCUUUAAGGAUCUGAUUCGCGUCUCCGCUCAGUCCGAUUAAGUUGGGUGUUUUUUCGAGAUUGAACUGCUCUGAUUCCCGUCUUCCGUUGAGCCGAUGCGGGUUAGUUUGCUGUAAGUAAACGUCAGGUUUCAGGGCCGUUGCGCAACGCUUCUCGAUGCGGGCGUUUGCUUAAGGCGAUCGAGGGGUGACGUCACGGCCGCGCGAGCUGGUGACGCUGCACGCGCGCGCGGUUCUGCUCCGAAUCCGAGAUCGUCCUGCUGGUCUCGCUGAACUUUAAUGACUUGAGAUCAAGGAUGUAGCAGAACUGCAGUCUUUGCUUGUGAGAUUUUACACUCGCUCCGGAUUUAACCUGAGGCGCGAUCUUUUCUAACAGAACUGUAACAUUUAAAGCUUGCACCCUUUUGGCUCGAGUUUUAAUUUGAAGCUAAACGCAUGACCUGAAGUUCUGGGAGAAGCGCGUUGAACUUCUUCUCCUGCUGUAGUUUAAUUCGAGAUCGGAAGCAUUCGGAUCAAAUGUGCAUGCAAAAGCGUAGCGUUCAGAGUUUAAUCCUGUCAGUUGGCUCUAGCUUUAAUUAAGUUAAAUGCAUGAUUAGUUUUUGGAUUUGAAACAAAAAAGUUUUAUUUAUUGUUUUGAGCUUUUUCCAAUCGCUGUAGCUGUGAUUUGACGUUAAAUGCUUGAUCUGGUUUUAAUUGAAAUCAAAGGAACAAUACGAGUUUUGCUCUCUACAUGUGGUUAGAUUUUCAGGAAAAUUGCUGAAUGUUUUCUCCUGCUGUAGUUUUGAGAUUAAAAAGCGUGCUUGAUUGAAAUGCGCAAGUGGAAUUAAGUUUUAAUUAGAGGUUUAAAACACGUAAUUCACGUAAAGCCUAAAGCAUGAUCAACUUUUAGAGUUGCAGACUAUUUUGACCUUUUUCAUUUGCUCCACUCUUAAUUUGAAGUUCAAUGCAUGAACUGUUUUUAAUUUGAACCAAAAGAGCAAUACAAGUCUGUACUUGUUUUUAGCUCUUUUUCCCCCUCCUGCUUCAGUCUUAGUUUGAGCUUAAAAGCGUGCUCGUUUUUGCAGCAACGUGUACGGUUUAAUUCUAUUUAAGAUGUGCGAGCGCCUUGCUUUAGUUUUAACUGAAGUUAAAUGCUCCAUUCACUUUUAAUGUGAACCAAAUGAGAAGCCAGAGCCGUAACCCCAGGCACCGAGAUCGAGUCUGAUCCUUUGCAAGCUUCUGCUCUUAAACUCGCUGAGUUUCUCGUCACGGUUUGGGUUGUUAACAUACAGACGGAAACAGAACUUCUUGUUUUUGCUUCAAGUUACCAAACUCGUCCUGCAGAUCUAAAACAACGUCCUGACAUGUCGAGGCCUUGAGCUGCAGCGAGAAGCCAUGCAGAACGCCCUAAUUACGCUGUUUAUUUUCUUACCAUCGGUCGGCCAGACUGUUUGAUCUCGACAGAAUCAGAUCUGUGCAUGCAGGGCGAUCAGGAGCCUCUGUAUUGUGUCCUGAGCCGAGAACGCACAUACUGCACGACUGCCAGAGGAAACCGAGGCUUGCGCAAUCGCUGGGCAGAGAAACCGCUCUUGUUACUGUACUCGAAACAGCCGCAGGGAGAAGGAGGACGGAGCCAAGCGCAAUGGAAUAAAUUUGCCUAACUUUUCACUUCUGACAGACUCUACCUGCGAGUUCACCCGAGGACAGAGGUUAUGAUUUAUCUGAUCCACGUUGACCCGAGAGACUGAGUGGAAGAAAGCCAGCCUUGCUUUGGAAUGGUUAGGACCUUGGUCACUUAGAGCUUUCUUUUCUGCUGCAAAAUAAUGAACAAAGUUGGAGUUCGGAGCGCUUAACGCCACACUACACUCGGUCCAGAAUGAGCGGCGGAAAGAAACGAAGCGGUUUUCAAAUCACCAGCGUCACGUCCGACUACAAUCAGGGUUCUGGAGAAAGCCACCCGCCGGAGCUCCUCAGCCCUGGAGCCCAACGAGCCACGCCCCCUUCUGUGAGAAGCCCCGCCCACGGGAGGAGCACCAGGAGCCAGACGGCGUCGCCCACUCAGAUCCUAUCCAAUGGGCUGUCUCUGCGCCAUAACCCCGCCCUCCAGACGCAGCAGAGCUCCAGUCAGCCGACCACGCCCGUCACGGCUCGGAAGCAGAACUCGCUGGACGGGGCGUCGCGCUUCCGCGUCGUUCGUUUGGAUCAAGGCCCGGGCGAGCCGUAUAAACGCGGACGCUGGACAUGCGUGGAUGUGAUGGAGAGGGAGGUCGAGGAGCGUGGGCUGCGCCGUGUGAUUGACAGCAUGAGACACGCCCACUCACUGGAGUCCUUGGAGACGGUCGGGCUGGGCGGAGCUGAAGGAGCGGUGGGCGGGGCCAGACUCAAACCGUUGGGCGUGCAGGCAGGUCACAUGGUGCACUCGCAGGGCACCGCCCACCUACUGACGCAAUGCCUGAUAGACUCCGCCCACAGCGGCCCGCCCUCACCCACACAUGACACGCAGCCAAUCAGGUCGCCGAUGACGCCCCGGAUGCGCAACAUACCCGCCCCUCUACGCCUCGACAUGGACGCAGUCGGCAAGCUCCGGAGCACUCGCUCUCAGCCGGCCUCCCCUGGACCUCACCUGGGUCGAGACAGCCCCUUCUACCCCUCGCUGACGCCCAUCCAGACGCCGUCCGCUCUGGCGCUGGCACAGUCCAUGCUCGGCAUGAGCCAGGCCUUCGAGUUCGUGGGAGACGACGGCGGAACUAACAGCAGCAUGAUCGCCAUCGACAACAAGAUCGAGCAAGCCAUGGACCUGGUGAAGUCUCACCUGAUGUUGGCGGUUCGAGAGGAGGUGGAGGUGCUUAGAGAGCAGAUCAAGGAGCUGUCGGAGAGAAACGCCCAGCUGGAGAGAGAAAACUACAUCCUGCGGGCGCUCCGGGACAGGGACUGAGCCAAGUGCAUCAUGGGAGAUGUAGUUCAGCGAGAGAAGGGACGGAACGGUUGAGCGUGUGCAGUAUUGAGCGAGGAGUGCCUUAAAACACAGUAAAAAUUAAUCAAGAGAUCAUUCAUAAUGUCGAUUUUGAUGACGCCUAAACAGUGCCUAUAUUUAUUACUGUGUGUGUGUGUGUGUGUGUGUGUGUGUGUGUGUGUGUGUGUGUGUGUGUGUGUGUGUGUGUGUGUGUGUGUGUGUGAAUGCACUGCUCACAACUAGGUUAAUAAGUCUCUUUAUGUUGCUAUGGUUAAACCAGGACUAGUUGGGGUUGAGUUAACUCUCUGUUAGCUGAAUAAUGAUUGAUCUGUAGUGAUGUGCUCUAAUAAAUAACCCUCACUACUCCA